AUGACAGAAGCAAACAUAAGCGAAACUUGUGAACAACAUAAGGAUGCAAGUUCACACCGUGGAUUCAGUCAAAAGGUUAGGGGAAUAUUGCUGGAAUCGCCAUCAGUCACAUGUGACAAAUUACCGAAUGUCACAGAUAAAAGUUCGAAAAAAGACAGUCAAGCAGCACCUCAUCGAGGUUUUAGCGAAAAAGCACGAGAGGUACUACUAGAUCGAAAAGCUCCAGGUAUUUUAUUGAUUUCUCACCAAAAUAACUAA